GACGCUGUGCUGGACGGACAGCUCCGUGUCGCUGGACCGUCUGGCCGAGAUGAGAUGCUUCCAGAAGAUCAACCACUUCCCUGGCAUGAGCGAGCUCAGCAGGAAGGACUCGCUGGCUCGGAACAUGAGGCGCAUGAUCAGGAGGUUCCCCAAGGAUUACGACAUCUUCCCUCGCACCUGGUGUCUGCCGGCCGAUUACAAUGACUUCCAGGUGUACCUCCGGACCAAGAAGCACAAGACCUUCAUCUGUAAGCCCGAGGCAGGCCCCGAGGCAGGCAGCCAGGGCAGGGCAAUCUACCUGACCAGGUCCUGCAGGGAGAUCUCCAACAAGGAGCGCAUCAUCUGCCAGCUUUACAUAUCCAGGCCGUUUGUCAUCGACGGUUUCAAGUUUGACAUGCGCGUCUACGUGCUGGUGACUUCCUGUGAUCCGCUACGCGUCUUCCUGUACGAGGAGGGGCUGGCUCGCUUCUGCACCACCCGCUACAGCUGCCCCACCCGCAAAAACCUGGAAGAUGUGUGUAUGCACCUGACCAACUACUCCAUUAACAAACGUAGUGACAACUUUGUCCGUGAUGACAUCGUCGGCAGCAAAAGGAAGUUGUCAUCUCUGACCCAGCUUCUGGAAGCGAUGCACUGUGACACGGUGAAGCUGUGGGCAGGCAUCGAGGAUGUUGUGAUUAAGACGCUUCUCUCCGCCCAUGUGCUGAGCCAUAGUUACCACGCCUGCUUCCCUCGCCACAUAGCAACUAACUCCGCCUUCAGCGCCUGUUUUGAGAUCCUGGGAUUUGAUGUGCUGCUCGACCACCGCCUUAAACCCUGGCUACUGGAGGUGAACCACUCUCCCAGCUUCGCCACAGACUCCCGUGUGGACCGCGAGGUGAAGGACAGGCUGCUGUACGACACGCUGGUCCUGGUCAACCUGGGAGCGUGCGAACGCCGCCAGGCCGUGGAGCAGGGCCGCCUGCAGCGCGCUCACGCCCGGGACCGCAGGGGUCGGGACCAGUGUCAGAAGAGGGCUGUCAGUCUGGAGCGAGCCCUGGGCUAUGAGGACAGACACCUGGGGGGCUACCGCCGGAUCUACCCCAGUGAGGGGGGUGAAGGGUACGACCAGUACCUCCAGCACAGCUGCUCCCUCUUCCAAGAGACCGCGGCCUCCAGGGCCAGGGGCAAGUGGACCAGAGAUUAGCUGCGAGAGCUGCAAGUGAGGCAGGAGCAGAAGAGGGGGGGCCCGGGGGCCAGGGGCCACCAGGGGUAGACUGCAGGAGAGGGAGG